CCGAGCUGGGCUCGGGCUUCCCCGGGCGCCUCCGCCGCCGAGGUCUGCGCGCUCGCGGGCAGCGGGCCUCGCCCGCCGCGCUCCGGCCGUCCCGUCCCAGGAAGUGGCCGUCCUGAGCGCCAUGGCUCACUCCCCGGUGCAGUCGGGCCUGCCCGGCAUGCAGAACCUAAAAGCAGAUCCGGAAGAGCUUUUUACAAAACUAGAGAAAAUCGGAAAGGGCUCUUUUGGCGAGGUGUUCAAAGGCAUUGACAAUCGGACUCAGAAAGUGGUCGCCAUAAAGAUCAUUGACCUGGAAGAAGCUGAAGAUGAGAUAGAGGACAUUCAACAAGAGAUCACGGUGCUGAGUCAGUGUGACAGUCCGUAUGUAACCAAAUAUUAUGGAUCCUAUCUGAAGGAUACUAAGUUGUGGAUAAUAAUGGAGUACCUCGGUGGAGGCUCUGCACUAGAUCUGUUAGAACCUGGCCCUUUGGAUGAAACUCAGAUUGCUACUAUAUUGAGAGAAAUACUGAAAGGACUUGAUUAUUUGCACUCAGAGAAGAAAAUUCAUAGAGAUAUUAAAGCUGCCAACGUCCUGCUCUCUGAACACGGAGAGGUGAAGCUGGCCGAUUUUGGAGUAGCAGGCCAGUUGACAGAUACCCAGAUAAAAAGAAAUACCUUUGUGGGUACCCCUUUCUGGAUGGCACCCGAAGUCAUCAAGCAGUCAGCCUACGACUCAAAGGCAGACAUCUGGUCCCUGGGCAUAACGGCUAUCGAACUUGCAAAAGGGGAGCCGCCUCAUUCGGAGCUGCACCCCAUGAAGGUUUUAUUCCUCAUUCCAAAGAACAACCCACCCACACUGGAAGGAAACUAUAGCAAACCCCUCAAGGAGUUUGUGGAGGCCUGUUUGAAUAAAGAGCCAAGCUUUAGACCCAGUGCGAAGGAGUUACUGAAGCACAAGUUUAUAAUACGCAACGCAAAGAAAACGUCAUACUUGACCGAGCUCAUUGAUCGGUACAAGCGCUGGAAGGCUGAACAGAGCCAGGAUGACUCCAGCUCUGAAGACUCGGACACGGAAACAGAUGGCCAGGCGUCUGGUGGCAGCGACUCUGGAGACUGGAUCUUCACAAUCCGAGAAAAAGAUCCAAAGAAUCUUGAGAAUGGAGCUCUUCAGCCUUCAGAUUUAGAAAGAAAUAAGAAGAAAGACAUCCCAAAGAGGCCUUUCUCUCAGUGUUUAUCUACGAUCAUUUCUCCUCUGUUUGCCGAGUUGAAGGAGAAGAGCCAGGCUUGCGGAGGUAACAUGGGGUCCAUAGAAGAACUACGAGGGGCCAUAUACCUGGCAGAAGAGGCGUGCCCUGGGAUUUCUGACACCAUGGUGGCCCAACUUGUACAGCGGCUCCAGAGAUACUCCCUGAGCGGUGGCGGAACUUCAUCCCACUGAAAUUGCUUUGGCAUUUGGGGUUUUUUUUUUUUUUUUUUUUCCUUUUUUCUUCCUCAUUCUCCUCCUUUUUAAAAGUCAACGAGAGCCCUUUGCUGACUCCGCUGAAGAGGUGCGUGAUUGCGGGGCGUCCCCUGAAGCUGUGGGCGCCUGCCCAGGGACACACACAUUCCUCGCUGUGCGGCAGCAAGACGAAGUCUCUCAGACGGGGUCAGGGGGCCAGCUCCUUCAAGCGAUCGUUUUAGUUCACUGUUUUUUUUUUAAUUUUAACCAUAGUGCACAUAUUCAAGGAAAGUAUCUUUAAAAACAGAAACCAACCCUGAAAUGUAUAUUUGGGAUUAUGAUAAGGCAACUGAAGAAAUGAAACCUCAGGUAUCCUGCUUUAAGUUGAUAACUCCCCCCGGGAGCCGGAGAAUCGCUGUGGUGGAUCGGUGUACAGACUUGUAUAUAGUGUCCUUUUUACGGAAACCCUUUUGGCGUGCAUAAAGAAUCACUGUGUACAAAUUGGCCAAGUGCUUCUGUAGAUAAUGUCAGUGGAGUACAUAUUUGACAGGCCAUAACUUGAGUCUAUUGCCUUGCCUUUAUUAAACAUGUAAAUUUUGAAUUAUGUGGCCAGUGAUUUGGGUUUUAUUUUGUAUUUGCAGGGUUUGCCAUUAAUAAUAAUUAAUGCCCCUCUUUAGGGAAAACUCCUGUUUGUACCUCAACAAAUGCAAAUUUUCCUCAUUUGCCCAAAUCCCUUUUGGUACACUUAGAAGUUGAUUUCCUUUUUCAUUGAUGGUACUAUUUCUUAGUGUUUUAAAUUGGAACAUAUCUUGCCUCAUGAAGCUUUAAAUUAUUACCUUAAGUUUCUCCCAGACGAAGCGCUCUCGUUUACCGUUUGUUUUGAAUCGUGCCACUGCCGGUCCCUCGCCAGCUGUACCGUCCUUUUCGAUAUUAUUUUCUGUUGAACCUUGUAGUAAAACCUGCAUAUCAUCUUGCCCACCUGAAAGUGUCUGAAUGCUUACACCAAUAAAUUUUAUAACACACUGAC